AUGUCUGGAUACGACGGUUACGACCAGCAGGGUGGUGGAUAUGGAGGCCAGCAGGGCUAUGGAGGCGGCGGCGGAGGCUAUGAGGAGAGACGACACCACGGCCGCCGUGAGGAAGAAGGCUAUGGAGGCAGUCAGGGCGGUUAUGGAGGUGGCGAAGGAGGUUACGAAGGUGAAGGACGACACCACGGCCGCCGUCAAGAAGAAGGCUAUGGAGGAAGUCAGGGCGGUUAUGGAGGCGGCGAAGGAGGUUAUGAAGGUGAAGGACGACACCACGGCCGCCGUCAGGAAGAAGGCUAUGGAGGAAGUCAAGGCGGUUAUGGAGGCAGUCAGGGCGGUUAUGGAGGUGGUGAAGGAGGUUUUGAAGGUGAAGGACGACACCACGGCCGCCGUCAGGAAGAAGGCUACGGGGGUUCCCAAGGAGGUUAUGGAGGCGGUCAGCAAGGAAGCUUUGGUGGUGGACGGGAUGAUUAUGGCUCGGGCCGUCAACAGGGUGGCUACGAUGGAGGAAGAGUGCAAGACGAUUAUGGCUCUGGCCGUCAGCAGGGAGAAUACGGCGGAGGUAGACCACAAGACGAUUAUGGCUCCCGCCCACAACAGAGUGCAUUCGGGGGAGGGAACGUUCCUCAUGGCGGCAGCUAUGGUGGUGGUGGAGGGUAUGGGGGAGAUGAUGACAUACACGGGGCUAUUUCCCAUGCCCAACAACAUGCCGGCGACUCAGGCGAAUCUUCGCUUUUCUCAAGCAUCCUGGGGAAGCUCAGCCAGAACAAGCAGCAUAUUGCGAACCAGGAGGUCAAUGAGCAUGAUGCUGUCCAAUCUCACCAACAAUUCUUUGGGGGCGGUGGUGGCGGUGGCCAACAGGCCAGUUCUGGCGCUAUGGGUUCCGCUGCUGCAAUGCAGGCUCUUAAGAUGUUCAGUGGAGGAGGUAGUGGAAAUUCGCAAGCUGGAAAUAGCCAAAAUGCUUUCAUAGGCAUGGCUAUGGCGCAGGCCAGCAAACUCUUUGAUCAACAGGCCUCUUCUGGAAACCUUGAAGCUGGUGCGAGCAAGGAGUCUGCUGUUCAGCAGGCUGCAGAGAUGGCGCUCAAGAUGUACAUGAAAUCACAAGGCGGUGGCGGUAGCAGUGGUGGAGGCGGUAUGUCGAGUCUCAUGGGACUUGCAUCCAAGUUCUUGUAG